AUGUUCUUUGGCUUCCUGCAGACCCUGUCUCUCCUUAGAGCUGAACUUUGCUUCUCUCUCCAGGUUGACAGGAACAAGAAGGAUGUUGGCAGACCUGUGCCAAAGGGUGCUCCAAGGCAUGGCAAGCUUGGUGCCAAGUCCAUACAGCACGCUGGCCAUGCUGCUCAGCACAAGCCUUUAGCUGCAUCCCAGAGAGCAGCAGGGCUGCAUCCAGAGCAGCCAAGGAAGGGCACAAAGCCUCCUGUGGGGCCAGGAGUGAGCCGCUCUGUGCAGCCCAGGGGCAAGCUCCCAGCCUCAAGUCACCUAAAUCCAGAAAGGAGCAAGAAUCCUGGCCAGGACACUGCAGCACCUCCAGCUGGAAGUGAGCAGCCCCAUCCUGGGACACCUUGCUGCCCAAAUGGGGACCUGCAGGACAGACUGCGGAGCAACAAAGAGAACAUCCAAGCACGAGCCCCUGCGUGGCCUGUGCUGAACAGGGCUCUGCAAGCUGCUGGGGACAAACGAGUCUUGGCUCCCAGGCAGAGCUCAGCUGCCACAUCCAAAGCCAUCACAGACCCCAGGGACAGAGUGAGCAGCCACCAGGCUAAGGAAAAGCCAGCUCCUGAGAAAUUCAGGCAAACGAUAUCAGGCUCCAAGAACCCAAGCACUAAAACUCAGCCGCUGCAGCCCCCGUGGCUGCCUACAGCUUCUGCUCAUUUCCUGCAUAAAAAGCCAGGGUCAAACCAGGAGAAAACUGGCACAGCAAGAUUCUCCCACGUGAAGAGAUCUCCCAGGAAGCCUCUGAACUCCAGCAGGCCCCAGGGGACCACAAAACUGCCAUCCAGCCUGAAACUGGGUGGCACUGUGCGACAGCAGAAGCCCCUGGCUAAAGGAGAGGCUGAUAGGAAGGAGGUGAAGGUGGCACCUUCUGGGCACACAGCAGCCUCCCAAGCACCACCCCUGCGAAAGCAGCCCUGCAGCACACAAUGCUCCAGAGCUCCACCAGUGGAGAGCGACUGGAGGACGGACAGGAGGGACAGGGUUAACACCGAGCUGCCAAAGGCAGGGGGAAUGUUCCCAAGGCGUGUCCCCAAGACCCCCACGCCUGGGGACCGUAGGAAGCAGCUGCAAGAGUGGUUGGCAUCCAAAGGCAAGACAUACAAGAGGCCACCAAUGACACUGCUGCAGAAGAACCCAGUCAAGGUGUCCUGCAGAAAUGUCACGGAGAAAGAAAAGCAGAAGAAACCAGAGCUGCCUUUCCUGGAGACCAACAGCCUAUUAAUUGAGUGCCUGAAGCUUGUGGAGGAGGGUGCCCAGGCAGAGGAGGUCCUGGCCAUGCUGUCUGCCAUGCCCCAGGCAGAGAGGUUUGCCAAGUUCUGGAUCUGCAGAGCCAAGCUGCAGGCCCGCAGUGGCCCCUUCGACGUGGCAGGGCUGUACCAAGCUGCUGUCUGUGCUGGCGCCGUGCCACUCCAGGAGCUCAGAGAAGUUGUUCUUGAUAUGUUGAAGGCUAAAGACCAAACAUUAGAAGGGGAGAAGUCUGAGCUGCCCAUCCCUAGUGAUCCUGCCAUGCCUGGCCCAGGUGGAAGGCAGCCCAGGGCAGCCACUCCCUGUCCACCUGGGAGGUCCAUGACCUGCCUGCCUGCCUCAGUCAAGCUCCAAGUCACAUCUGCACCCAGAGGCAGGGAGCUGCUGAAGGGCCCAGAGCUGAAGUUCCUGACACCGGUGCGGCGUUCCCUGCGGAUCGAGCGGGCAGGCAGGCGCUAUCCAGAGAUGCUGAAGGACCACGACCCUGUCGUGUCGUCCCUCCGAGAGAUCCUGGAUGCAGAGGAGAAGACUCAGUUCUUCUUUCGGAGAAACAAGGCUCUGCCUCAGGUGGUGGAGCCAGAGGGCAUCAGUUUGUGUCCCCCCAAGUGCUGCUGA